AAAGACAGUCAUAAUAUAUGGUUUUACAACCCGACAAUGAAUUUUGCUUGUUAUCAUUUUUCUAAUUGUUACCAAAGAACAAAAGCUUUUUAGAAAAAAAUGCUACAUUCCGGUAGGCGGCCAAAUCAAAAGCAGAGAGUCCUGAGCGCACAAACAAGGAGUGUUUCGGCCAGUCGCCUGUCUGUCCUGGAAAGACCCGAACUUGAGGAAAAAUUUGCCAAAGCUCUGGACCAGAAUAAGGAGCUCAAAACCAGGAACAACGAACUGCAGGAAGCUUUGAAGCAACUCAAGGCGCGUCUCCGUUGGCCACCCCAUAUUCAGGAAGCAGUGCUGGGCAAGGAGUCUCAACAGCAGGAACAGAACCUGAAAGUGCUGGAGUCGAGAAAUUUACAACUUGCAGAGCAGUGUCAACUUUACGAGCGAACAAUAAGACAACUUGAGGGCCGUCUAGAAGUUAACAAAGCCUUUGCGGAAGAAACCAGCAGGAGCUACAAAAUGCAGGAUGAACAUUUUGAUCCACAGAUGCUGACCAGCAAGAACUCGGCUCGAUCAAGUCGGUGUGCGGAAAAACCAAGUCAUGGCGCUCAAUUUGAAGCAGUCAAGAAGGCUAUGGAGGAGUGGAAAAGUCACGCUAUAGCUUAUAAACAACAAGCAGCAGAGGCGGUUUCGAGGCUGAAAGACACAGAAGAGCGACUUGCUCAAAUGCUUAGACUGCACACCUUAGACUCUGCGGAGCUGAUUCGCACCUCAAGGACCUCAAAGCAUGCCGUAGCUCAACUCACGUCAGUCCAAGAGGAAAACAGACAAAUGAAGGCAGCAAUCGAAAAAUUUCAAGAAAAAAUUGAUGAAAUGGUCGGACAGCUUGAAGCUGAAAAAUUGAGAAAUAUUGAGCUCCAAGAAAAUGUUUCCCAAGUGCAGCAAUUGAGAAGAGCCAAUAUAGAGCUACUUCAAGAGAUUGACGACGUCAAAAAGGAAAAAUCAGCCAUUCAAGGACAAUUGCAAAAUUUGGUGCACGAGGCAGCACAAAUUCCUGAGGCACUGGAGACGGAAACUAAGCAUCUGAGGAAACAGAUUGAUGCUUUGCGGAAGGAACAUGCCGGAGAUAUAAAAAAGCUGCACCAGGUCCUUGAGGACAAGGGACAGCAAGUAAAAGAUCUGGAAGCACAAGCAGAAGAGCUUAAGUCCCAACUGAGCAAUCUCAAGUCGCAACAGGAAGUAAAACCUAAGAAAAUUCACAUGGAUCACAAGAAUACGCAGACUAUCAGCCUGGAGAUCGACCUUAAGCCUCCCGAAGCAACGGUUGAGCUUAGCAAUGAAGAAAGCGACCAAAUGCUGUCACAGAUGAAUGAUGAAGUGGAAAUGCACAAGCAAACAAUGAGGUCCUUGCAAAGUAUGUGUGAGUCAUACAAAAAAGAGUUGGAAAGUCUUCACGAGCAAUUGCAAACAGAACGGAAAAACUAUGCUCGACAGCUGAGCCUUGAAAUGGCCCAGUUCAAAGCUCUACAGGAACAGUUAAAGAAUUGUUCCAACAAUCAGAUUGUCGUGCAAGCAGAGAUCGAGGCUCCCAAAAAAGCACCUAAACCCAAACCCAGAAAGAUAAUCAGGCAGGUCAAGGCAGCAAGUGAAAAUGAAGAAAUAAAAGAGUUAGUUCUAGAAAUUGAAAGCUUGCUCGUGCCAGAGAAGAGCCUUCUGCUAGGAAUGAAAGACAAUUUCUUCAUUGAUUUCAAAAUCACCCUGCCAAGCGGGGAGGAAUCUGAAUCCUAUGAAACGCCAGCGAAUUACCCACUUCCAACUUCGCCCUCGAGCCCUGCUCACAUCGGACACAAACACAAGUGGCAAGAACAGAAGAUCAAAGCGCUCUUUAGGCAGCCCGACUGCAUCAUCCAGUUUGAUCUCGUCUCCGACAAUGACAAGAAUCCAGAUAUGGACUGCACGGAAAUUGGGAUUGGAAAGUUGCCUUUAACUGAAUUACUACGCGUUGCUGAAGCCAACAACACAGUCAACUUGGACGUGCCUAUUAGCAUUGAGGGAAACAGCACAGCCGUCGCAAGCUUGAAAGUCGCGCUGACUAAAGUUUCUUAG